ACACACAAAGAGCGAGAGGACAUAGACGCGCGCACACACAAACACUCUCUCUCGCGGAAACUCAGAAUCUGACGUUUGACAACAACAACACAACAAUCACAACAAGUGUGAAUUGACAGGCAGGGCUCGCGGGUUUUGGAUUGUGCUGGACCCACUGGACCGACCCUCAAGCGUUGGCUGGACGGUGCACGGAUCUCCCCCCGUAGAGAGCGCGCGGGGUCUGCCGUCUCCAGGAUGAACCGGACGGCGCGUCUCCGGUAACCGGCGGACCGGACUCUGCGCCCCGGGAACCCCGGACGCGGGUUUGUAACUUACGGUCACAUCUCGGACCACCGAGAGCGGACAUAAAACAACCCCACCGCUUUGCGUUCACGAGGAUGAUGAUGAAGCAGCGGCGCGCGCUGGGCUGCUGCUGCUGGUGGUGGUGGAGCGUGCUCUUAGCGGGGCUCGCGCUCCACGGCUCGGGCUCGCGCGGCGCGGCGGCGGGCUCCAAGGAGCCGCGGUGCCAGGAGAUCACCGUGCCGCUAUGCAAAGGAGUUGGCUACAACCACACGCACAUGCCCAACGCUUUCAACCACGACACUCAGGACGAGGCGGGGCUCGAGGUGCACCAGUUCUGGCCGCUCGUGGAGAUCCGCUGCUCCGCCGACCUGCGCUUCUUCCUGUGCAGCAUGUACACGCCCAUCUGCCUUGAGGACUACCAGAAGCCACUGCCGCCCUGCCGCGGCGUGUGCGAGCGCGCCAAGGCGGGCUGCGCGCCGCUGAUGCGGCAGUACGGCUUCCCGUGGCCCGACCGGAUGCGGUGCGAGCUGCUUCCGGCGCUGGGCGACCCGGACACGCUCUGCAUGGACUACAACCGCUCGGAGACCACCACCCCCCCGCCGGCGCCCGACCUGCCACUGAAGCCCACCGCCCGGCCACCGAAGCCGUACCACCCCCGCAGGAAGACGGGGUACGGCGGCCGGGUCCCCGGGAAGCCUAAGCCCGCCGUGUCCUCCUCCUCCUCCUGCGAGGCGGGGUGUCGGUGCCGGGCGCCGCUGGUGCCGGUGAGCCGGGACUCCCCGCUGUGGAACCGGGUGCGGACGGGCGGCGUUCUGAACUGCGCCAUGCCGUGCCACAGCCCGUACUUCAGCGGCGAGGAGCGCGCCUUCACGACCUUCUGGGUGGGGCUGUGGUCGGCGCUCUGCUUCCUGUCCUCGGCCGCCACCGUGGCCACCUUCCUCAUCGACAGGGAGCGCUUCCGCUACCCCGAGCGGCCCAUCAUCUUCCUGUCGGCGUGCUACAUGCUGGUCUCGGCCGGCUACCUGGUGCGGCUGGCGGCGGGCCACGAGCGCGUGGCGUGCACGGCGGCGGCGGAGGGGCCGGGCGUGGCGGCGGCGGGGCAGCACGUGCACUACGAGACCACGGGGCCGGCGCUGUGCACGGUGGUCUUCCUGCUGGUGUACUUCUUCGGCAUGGCGUCGUCCAUCUGGUGGGUGAUCCUGUCGCUCAGCUGGUUCCUGGCGGCGGGGCUGAAGUGGGGCCACGAGGCCAUCGCGGGCUACGCCCAGUACUUCCACCUGGCGGCCUGGGUGCUGCCCAGCGUCAAGGCCAUCGCCGUGCUCGCGCUGGGCUCGGUGGACGGCGACGCGGUGGCGGGCGUCUGCUACGUGGGCAACCAGAACCUGGAGCACCUGCGGGGCUUCGUGCUGGCGCCGCUGGUGGUCUACCUGCUGCUGGGCUCCAUGUUCCUGCUGGCCGGCUUCGUGUCGCUCUUCCGGAUCCGGACGGUCAUCAAGCAGGGCGGCACCAAGACGGACAAGCUGGAGCGCCUCAUGGUCCGCAUCGGGGGCUUCACGCUGCUCUACACCGUGCCCGCCUCCGUCAUCGUGGCCUGCUACUUCUACGAGCAGCACCAGAGGCCGUCCUGGGAGGCGGGGCUCAGCUGCUCCUGCCCCCCCGCCGAGGGGGCGGUGCCGGAGGGGGGGGGCGCGGCGCGGCCGGACUACGCCGUCUUCAUGCUCAAGUACUUCAUGUGUCUGCUGGUGGGCAUCACGUCGGGGGCGUGGAUCUGGUCGGGGAAGACGCUGGAGUCCUGGAGGAGGUUCUGCACGCGCUGCUGCUGGGGCAGCAAGGCGGCGGCGGCGGCGGCGGCGGCGGGCGGCGGCUCCCUGUACAGCGACGUCAGCACUGGGCUCACCUGGAGGACCGGCACCGCCAGCACGGGGUCCGGCCCCAAGACGGUGCCCCUGUCCCGGGUCUGAGGGGCGGGGCGCUAGUAUGAGGGGAACGCUCGUCGGUGAGCACCCGCUAAUGACUUGACCUGACUGGACUCUAGACCCUGGAGGACUCUGAAGGGCGGACCCUGUUGGACUCUGGAGGUCCUCAGACCUCUUCACCGCAGACUGGACGUCCGACUCGGGUCCACUGAGGCUGAUGUCUUAUCAGAACUGAACCGUUGUGUCUUAAGGCGUCCACGGCCGUAGGAGUCAACUUUAAGUGAAAGGUUAAUACACUUUAAAGUGAAAGAUGGAUCUACUUUAAGUGAAAGAUGGAUCUACUUAAAGUUAAAGAUGAAUAAACUUUAAGUGAAACAUGAUUCAACUUCAAGUAAAAGACUAAUUAACUUUAAUUGAGAAAUUAAUCUACUUAAAGUUAAGAUGGAUCUCCCCUAAGCCUUACCUUAGCUCGUGUAUUUAUAUCAUUAUUUGCUGUACAUUUAUAUGAACGUUUUUUAUGAGUGUAUGGGUGUAAAUAUGUACAAAGAAAAAUCCACUUUGAUAGAAGAUCUUUAUUUUCUAAAUAAAACCACUUUUAUGGAAAUGUU